AUGGACGCAACCGAGCUUGAUGGGCCAUCAAUAGAUUCACCCGUCGAUACAACAAAUGAUUUAAGCCCUCAAAUCAUAGAGGAUGUUCGUCCUGCUUCCCCAGUGGUGGAGCAUUCGACCAACAGCUCGAAUACAACAAAUGAAAAUAGCAGUGCAAGUGGUCUACUGUAUGAGGACAACUUUCAUUCUCUUCUAGUCCCCAGUGAGCUGUCGACUAUACGGCACCCAAAGGAAGCUGCUGCUAAGUUGGGUAUUGCCAUUGAUGAAUUGAUCAGAAAAAACGGCUACAAGACCUUAGAUGAAGGUAAAGAGUUCAGAUUUCGGUGGGAUAACACGUCAGCCUACUACUUGGCAAAGAAUUGUCUUCAAAUAGGUCCCUUUUUAGGAUUUGAAAAUUUAAAACCAAAUUCGUCAUCGAAAUUGGAACCCAGCUCUCUAAUUUCCCUUAAGUGGUGCUGUAUCUGGUACAACCUUUUGUUGUCGAUAAAAUUCAAAGACAAAAGAGUUCCUACAGAAUCCCAAUUGCGGACGAAGUUCAAGUACUUGAUGGAGAUAGCUAACACUAAAAUAAAUGCCAUCACGACCGGUGAUGAGAGGAACCCUUGCGCCAUAACGGGUGAUGAUAAAACUGAUGAGAUUAUAGAGGAUCUAAUGAAACUCAAAAAUGCCGCAGACGACCGCCGAACAGAGCUCCCAAAGCUGGAAAUGCAGCGCCAGUCUCAAAAACGGGCCCUCUGUUACAAGUCUCAAAAACGGGAUCUCUGUAACAAGUCUCAAAAACGGGCCCUCUGUACCAAUUCCCUGCCACAAGUUGCGCAAAACCUGGAACAGACAAAUUCAGAUAGCUCCUUUUCACCUAUAAAUGAUGUAAAAGCACCCAAUGUGCGGACUAUUAUCAAAAGGCCUAGGGUUAACCGUUCUAUGAUCAAAAGGCCUAGGGUUAAUCGUUCUAUGAUCAAAAGGCCUAGGGUCAACCAUUCUAUCGAAGAUAUGAGAUCAGAUGCGCAACUUUUACAUGUUUCCGCAGGUAUUCAACUGAUAACUUCUCACAUGCUGCAGUCUUUGAUGGCAGCGUUUGGAGACAUGAAGCAAGCUGGUCAGGAAAAGAACGAGAAAAUUCAGAAGGCCGAGGAAGAGAAGGUGGCUCUCCAGAUGCUCUUUGAGGAAAGAAAAAUUAAGAUAGCGGAAGAGAAGCUCGCUAUUGAGAGAGAAAAGAUCGCUUUCGAAAAACACAAAUUUGACAUAUCGCAAGUGGCUAUAAUAUCAAGCGUUCUUCUUGGGAACAAAGACAAGUCUGCCAGCAUCAAUGUGGACGUGGAAAAGCUUUUACUUAAAACGUUGGGCUCUCUCACAGGAUAG